UGGAAGUUUGCUGUCAGUGAGACAUGAAUUAUUUUAGGUUCAUCUUUUUUCACUGGUCAGUAUUCUCUGUAUUAGUACUCUAUGUAGUAGUACUCUAUGUAGUAGUACUCUCUGCAGUUUCAGGUAUCAACAACCCAGUGAUCAUCAGUAGACACAGUCGGGGGAGGGGGGGCAUGUGAGGCAGUUCGAAGGAGGUCAGAGUCCUGACUGACUGGUUGGUGAAGGUUUUUAGAUUCAGUGGAAUUGUUUUUCUUAUUUGUCUCUGAUCAUAUCGGAGGUGAAAUAGGAUUCUUUAGAUUCUUUAGAUUCUUUAGAUUCGUCACGUGACUGAAGAAUCUGAUAUAUUAAAAAUAAGGUGCUUUACUUCGACUGUCGUGUUUUGACAUGACGGUGUGAUGUAAUGUUGGAAUUCACAUUAUUGGGGUCUGUUUCCUGCUGGUUCUCAUUGAAUAUCCUCACAUGUUCCCCACGUUCUUCUGGAAACAACAUUGUCCUCCAUAAAACAACUGCACUUAGUGCUGGAACACGUAACUGUCCGCGAGCCAGGACUGUUGUUCCACAUUUGUGCAACCGUCUCCUAAUCACAUCCAGAUGUGGAGCUUCAGACGCAGCUGCUCUCAGACCAGCCUGCCUCUCAGUUUGCAACACGUUUCCACCAAAUCUAAGAGUGCAGCAGUGGAUGGAGGUCAGUGGGGGGUUUGUAGAAACUCCAUUGGUGAACUGCUACUCCGCCUCUAAAAAGAAACCAGGAGCAGAACACAGACCUGCUGGUGUCAGAACGUCUGUGAUACUGAAACUGGAACCAUGAGGUCUUUCAUCCUGGUGACUCUGGGCUGGGUUCUGCUGCAGCAGACCCAGUGCAGCAGCAACGACAGGUCGAACUGCAGACCCUUCACGUCCAGUGUAUGUCAGGGGCUGGGCUACACCUCCAGCCUCCACCCGGCUGGGGCUCCGGGUUUUAUCCUGCAGCAGGUUGCACAGAUCGUGGACACAAACUGUUCCCCAGACGUCAAAACCUUGAUGUGUCGCGUGGCCUUACCUGAAUGCGGGUCGGACGACACACGGUCCAAACCCUGCCGGUCGCUCUGUGAGAAGGUGAAGACGGACUGUGAGUCCAAGCUCAGGGCCAGGAGACUCUUUUGGCCCACGAAGCUCCAGUGUGAAACCCUUCCAGAGUCCAACUGUGUCCAGGGUACAGACGUCGCUCCAACCCCUGCUGACCAGUGUCAGACCAUCGAAGUCCCUCUGUGCAAAGACCUCUCCUACUCUCGGACUGUGUUGCCCAAUCUGCUGGACCACAGAACCCAGGCCGAGGCCAGUCUCGAAAUGCAUCAGUUCUAUCCUCUGGUGAAGGUGGAAUGUUCUCCUCACCUGAAGACGUUCCUCUGCUCCGUCUACACGCCUGAGUGUGUGGCAGGAAUAGCCCGUCCUCCCUGUAGAACCCUGUGUGAACAGGCCCGGUCGGGCUGUGAACCGCUGAUGAACCGGUUUGGAGUCCAGUGGCCUGAAAAACUCAGCUGUGGGCUCUUCACCACCGGAUCAUGUGAUCAUACGGUGGAUCAGGAUCAGGAUCAGGUUCUUCAUCCUCUCCCUGCGAUGUGUCAGACCAUCGAAGUUCCUCUGUGCAAAGACCUCUCCUACUCUCAGACUGUGUUGCCCAAUCUGCUGGGCCAUAAAACCCAGGAGGACGCGGGCCACGAGAUCCAUCAGUUCUAUCCUCUGGUGAAGGUGGAAUGUUCUCCUCACCUGAAGACGUUCCUCUGCUCCGUCUACACGCCUGAGUGUGUGGCAGGAAUAGCCCGUCCUCCCUGUAGAACCCUGUGUGAACAGGCCCGGUCGGGCUGUGAAACACUGAUGAACCGGUUUGGAUUCCAGUGGCCUGAAAAACUCCGCUGUGACCUUUUGACCACAGAAUCAUGUGACCAUUACGGCGCGAGCACCACUGGGGGCAUCUGUGAGCCCAUCACCAUCCCUAUGUGUGGGCGUCUGAGCUACAACAUGACCAUCAGCCCCAACCUGCUGGGCCACAGCAGCCAGAGAGAGGCCGUGACGAAGAUGUCCUUCUUCAACUCCAUGGUCCAGACCGUCUGCUCCGCUGACAUCCGUCUUUUCCUCUGUAGAGUCUACGCCCCCCAGUGUGUGGCUGGGGAGGUGCAGUGGCCCUGCAGGAAUUUUUGUGAGCGGGCCAAACAGGGCUGUGAGCCCAUUAUGAACACCUUUGGAGUUUCCUGGCCCACAGAACUGCAGUGUGACCGCUUCCCACAGCAGAUGUGUAUUUCUGAGGACAGCGCCUUACAGAUGCUGGAUGCUGAGGCCGUCCUGGCCAAACUGGAAGCAGGAGGUUUAUCAGUCAGUGGAAAAACCCUGACGCUAAGGACCGCCCAGCUGCUGAUCACCCUCAUGGACAGCAACAACAACGGAGACCUGGAUGACGUGGAGAUGUUUAAACUGGAACACUUCGUGGCCGUCAUCAGGAGAGAGUAUGUGGGGAGCAACGUCAGAGGAAGCCAGGCUACUCAAAACCAGCUGUGGAAGGCUCUGUCUGAUCGAGAACUGGUUGUAGAUGAUCAAACCUUCAGAACGCUGUGGCAGCAGCACGGGACCAGAAAUGGGAUAGACUAUGACGAGUACACAGCUGUCCUGACCAAACUCUUGAUACUCAGAGAGCGUUUCCAGGCUCAUCUUCUCUCUCUACCCUGUGACUGCCAGGUUGCCAGCUUUUCGUUCAAGCAGUUUAUGAAAUCAGCAAUCGUCUGAAAAGAAGAUGUAGAACAUCAGACAUCCCUCCAUCCAUCCACGAUUUUACCUUUACACAACAUAAAGACUUUUUUUUAAAAAAAAACUUCCAUUAAAAGUUUUAUUACUAAA